CCCAUUACACCACUUUUCAUGUUUGUACGUAUGACUCGUGGGUGGGAGGACUUUAGAACAGCGAUGAGCACGAGUCACUUGUCAGAAGCUCAUCAUUGACAGGAUGAAGCUUCUACUAAGCAGCCUGCUCCUCGCCUCGCUCUGUGCCCUCUCAUCAUGGAGUGUUUCAUCAGGGACGCUUGUUGUGACCCAGAGUCCUGAUACCACAGUCACAGAGGGAGAAACUGUGAACAUCACCUGCUGCUGGAAGAACAAGACAGAAGUGUGGGUUAAUUGGCUGAAAAAUGAAAUACGAAUAAACAAGACCCAGAGAAUCAACAAAAUUGAGACAUUUGAUCAGAAUGCAAAUUGGACAAAAUGUUCAACUCUGACACUUAAAAAUGUCAAAAAAGAGGAUUCAGCAAGAUACACCUGCAUUGUUACCAUGGACAUACCAGUAUUACAAACAGCAUCUGGAGAAGGGACAGUUAUCACCAUUGAAAGUGGACAGAACACAGAUGAACACAGUGGUAACCCUAAAGACCCAGACAACCCCUUACAAUCUGUCUACAUCGCCCUGGGUGUAGUGGCUCCUCUCCUGCUCAUCACACUCAUCUGUUUCUGCCGUCUGCGGAGUAAAGAAGCACAAGCGGCCAGGGUGAUCUACGAGGUUCCACAUGUCGACUCAGAGACCCAGGACGUGGACAAACACAGCGACAGUUCCUCCAGAGGCUCGUCUCAGUGGUGUCAGGUACUAGUGUAUGAAUCCUUCGACUACUUUGAGCGUGUGGAGACCCAAAAAAGUGGAUGAGGAGCUGCUCGGAGGACUCUUCUCAACUCUGUAUUUUCUAUUCUUCAUAUAUGUUCCUAAUGUACAUUCAUUUAUCCAGUUUGUAGUUUCUGUAAAAAGUGUAAAUAUUUUUCUAUGAAUAAACUCUUUUCAGUAAAUGUGGUGUACAUGCUUUCUAC